ACCGUGUAUAUAAUCUUUUCUGUAAACGGUUGGUUGUGGUUUGCAGUUUUCUGUCAGUAAUUUUAACACCAAGAUUGAUUAUAACGAUAUCCGCAAUCAUGUUUGUCAUAUAUAUUUGUAGUUUAUCUACGUAGGUACAGAUCAAGAUUUACGGAGAAAUUAUUGCAGUCCUAAUAUUUUCAUUUAAGGACAUUUUCAAGUUUUAUUACUCUAGCAAUUAUUAUUUAAUGAAAUUUUGAAAUUAAGAAGCUCUUUUCAUCAAGAAGUUCACUUUUCCAAAUUUCUUUACUCGUGAAUAAAGCUAUGGUUUUGUAAUUCCAUUGCCAAUAGUCAAUUCAAUUUUGUUGAUAUUUUUGUUGCUUCAAUCUAUUAUGACAAUAUUCACGAAACUAUCAAAGAGACUUAAGAAGUUUCUCUUUUUAGUAAUAGUUUAUUCAAUUAAUAAAAAAAGCUAGAAUAUUCCAGAAAUAGAAACCCUCAAUUUCUUUAAGUUGGCAAUAAACUAGAACAUUCUAGAAACAGUUUUUAUUCUGCCUUUAAGUUGGCUGCUUUUCGGUUUUCCUUGUCGAACGUGUAGACAGAUAUUUCCUUCUGUAAGUCAUUUCCAAAAAGUGUGAUAAAAAGUGUGCCGGUUGAAUUUGACCUGCAACUAGUGAAAAAAUCAAUUUAAAAUAGUGAAUUAACAAUUAAAAUUAUUUGAAGCUAAAUUAUAGUCGCGUUUUAAGGUCAGGUACAAUGUCUGUGAUAGGAAUCGACUUAGGAAAUGAAUCUUGCUAUGUAGCUGUAGCAAAAGCUGGCGGAAUCGAAACCAUUGCAAAUGAUUACAGUUUAAGAGCUACUCCAUCAUGUAUUGCUUUUUCUGGAAAGAACCGAAUCUUGGGAGUUGCAGCUAAAAAUCAGCAAGUUACCAAUAUGAAAAAUACAGUAUAUAACCUGAAAAGGUUAUUAGGUAGAAAAUUUAGAGAUCCUCAUGUUAAAAAAGAAAUACAGUUCUUACCGUUUACAGUUUUUGAAGAGAAAAAUGGAAAUAUUGGAAUUAAGGUAAAUUAUUUGAAUGAAGAAUAUAAAUUUUCACCUGAACAGUGUUUGGCAAUGCUGUUAACAAAAUUGAAGGACAUAGCUAUGACAGCUUUACAAACUCCUAUAAAUGAUUGUGUUAUAUCAGUUCCUAGUUACUUUACAAAUAAUGAAAGAAAGGCAUUAUUAGAUUCAGCAGCUAUAGCAGGAUUGAACGUCUUGAGAUUAUUCAAUGAAACCACUGCAACAGCACUUUCUUAUGGCAUUUACAAGCAAGAUUUACCUGCACCUGAAGAAAAACCUCGUAACGUAGUUUUUGUUGAUUGUGGACAUUGUUCUUUACAAGUUUCAGCAGUUGCAUUUAACAAAGGAAAACUUAAGAUGCUGACUACUACAUCUGAUCCUAAUUUAGGGGGAAGGGAUUUUGAUCUCAUUAUUGCUGAACAUUUUUGCAAACAAUUCCAGACCAAAUAUAAUAUUGAUGCUAAAUCUAAUGCAAGAGCUUUUCUAAGAUUAUUGACGGAAGUAGAGAAAUUGAAAAAACAAAUGUCUGCAAAUUCUACAACUUUGCCACUCAACAUAGAAUGUUUUAUGAAUGACAAAGAUGUCUCCAGUGAUAUGAAAAGAGCAGACAUGGAAGCUUUGUGCACUCAUUUAUUGGAAAGAGUGGAAACCAGUUUAAAAGAUUGUCUUAAACAAUCAGGAUUAUCAUUAGAUGAUAUACAUUCAGUAGAAAUCGUAGGAGGAUCUAGCAGGAUCCCUGCAAUCAAACAGCUUAUUGAAAAAGUAUUUCAUAAAGUACCAAGUACCACUUUGAAUCAAGAUGAAGCUGUGAGCCGUGGGUGUGCUCUACAGUGCGCUAUGUUAUCUCCAGCAAUUAGAGUUCGAGAUUUUAGUAUUACAGAUGUGCAAGCUUAUCCAAUUUCUGUAGCAUGGGAUGCAAGUCCAGGAGGCGAAUCUGCUGGAGAAUUGGAGGCGUUUCCUCUUAAUCAUCCUGUUCCAUUUUCAAAAUUAUUAACAUUUUAUAGACAAGAACCGUUUUCUAUUCAAGCUAAAUAUACUGGUAGUAUUCCGUAUCCCGACCCUACUGUAGGUACAUGGAUAAUAAAAGACAUUAGACCAAACACAGAAGGUAAACCACAAAAAGUAAAGGUAAAAGUACGUGUCAACCUUCAUGGAAUUAUGACCAUAUCCAGUGCUAACAUGUAUGAAGCGAAAGAAUCUAUAGAACAGGAAUCAGUUGAAGAACAACCUAAAGAGAUGCAAGUAAACAAUACAGAUCAACAGAAUGGUGGUGAACAAACUAAUGAAGGGGAAGAAUCGAUGGACACUAAUGGAGGAACAGGCCCAGUCAGUGGCGAAGGUGCUGUUCCUGAGGAAGGAAGUGACAAAGAUAAAGAUAAAAAGAAAAAGCACGUCGUUAAAUCAAUUGAGUUGCCAAUUGAAUCUAUUACAAAUGGUUUCUCACAGGUAGAAAUAAAUCAUUUCACAGAACAGGAAUUCAAAAUGAUAGCAUCUGAUAGACAGGAAAAAGAACGGGCAGAUGCUAGAAAUUGUUUUGAAGAAUAUGUGUAUGAAUUGAGGAAUAAAGUUGGUUCUGAUGGAGAAUUUGCUCCUUUUCUGUUAGAAAAUGACAGAAAUGCUUUAGUAAUGCAGUUAGAUGAUAUGGAAAAUUGGUUAUAUGAAGAUGGAGAGGAUUGUAAUAAACAGGUUUAUUUAGAUAAAUUACAACAGUUAAAGAGCAUUGGAGAACCUGUUCAAAACAGAAAAAUCGAAUACGAACUUAGACCAAUGGUUAUGGAAGAUUUUGGAAAAUCCCUACAACUAUGUAUGAAAGCUUUGGAACUCGUAAGAUCAAAAGAUCCAAAGUAUGCCCACCUUACAGAAGAGGACUACCAUAAAGUAGAAGAUGCAUUUAAAAAUUCUUAUCAGUGGUUGGAACAAGCCAGAUCAAAAUUAGCUGUAGCUGCUAAACAUUUGCCUCCACCAAUAACAGUAGCCCAGAUUAGGCAAGAAAAAUCAAAUUUUGAAAGCUGUGUAAACACAAUACUUAACAAACCAGCUCCGAAAGCCCCAUCGCCCCCUAAAGAAGAAAAGCCGGCAGGAGACGAUAACAAAACCACCCAAGGUCAGGAUCAACAACCCAAUUCAGAGGCACCCAAUAGUGACAAAAAAGAUGAAAAAAUGGAAUGGAAUUAGUUUAAUUAGGUGUUUUUUUUGUAAUUGUUAAUUAAUAUGGUCGUUAGAUUUAACAAUGUAACAGAAUAUUAAAAUAUGCUUAAUAUAUCAGAUAUAUUUAAACGCCUUAAGUUUUUGUUUUAUUUUGCACAUAUUUACGAAGAAAACUGUAUAACAAUAAAAAAAGAGUUAAAUGUAGCGAUAGUUCUGUUCACCGAAGUUAAAAUAAUAGGGUACUUGCACGGUUUGAGAAAAAAAUAGUUAUGGACAAUUUAUAUACAACUUUAUUAUAAUUUUUUUAAAUUCUUUGAUCAAUAUUUAUAGAGAAAAAAAUUAUGGAAUAUUCAAAAACUUUGUAGGUACUUUAAAGAUUUCAGUAGGGUCGAAAACCAAUGAGAGUUUUCUUAUGUAGUUAAAAAUUUGAGAUUUUUGCGAUUUUCAAUUGAAUAUUUAGAAACUAUUUUUUCACUUUUAAUUAAAUAUUUUACUUUCUGAUUAUAAUUCAUAAAACAAAAAAAUGAAUACUUUUUAAAAAAUGCAAGUACCCUAUUGAUUGAUCUACUUUGUAAAAUUCCAGAAGUUUAAUUGAAUAAUCAAAAUUCCAUUGUAUUGACAUUUAUGUUCCUCAGCAUUCACUAACAAAACAAUAAAUGCUCAAUAGUAAAGAAA